AUGUUAACCAGAUGGCUGGAACAGAAUCAUCGCGAAUCCCACCUUCCUGAAGCCUUUGAUCAGCACAGGGAACAAAGUGACGGACCCGAAUUGAAGCAGUACACCACGGGAGAGCAACACCCAAAACAUUUGGCGGUCAGAGCACACCGAUGGGAUCCAAUCUGGUUGCAUGGCUUCAUUCUCCCGUUGAUGGCAGGACUUUUUCUUCUUCUUGCUUUGUCUUUGAUCCUAUUGUGGCAUUUCAAUGUUCGGGCUAAUGGAUUCAAAUUGAUCACUAACAAUCAUUACGCCUGGACAUAUGGACCUACCGCCCUCCUUAUUUUUGUGGUUCCUAUUUGGCGACAGGUCGACUAUCACUAUAAGGCCGCUCUACCAUGGCAGUUACUCCAAUGCAGAUUCACGUCGGCCGAAUACUCGAUUCUGCUGGAUUAUGUCAGUCCGCUACAAAUAGUCAGCUUCUGGGCAUCUCUCCGGAACAGUCACUUUAUUGUUGCAACCACCAUAGUUGUGUUUGUGAUUUUAAAGUUGGUCACAGUUGCUUCGACAGGCCUGCUCACUGAGCAGUCAGUAGGCUUACCUGUACAGAACAUGCGUCUCGCUCUGACCACAAGUCUAAAUGGAUCACUUUACAAUGUCUCAGCUCCAGUCGCUACGACCGAUGCCCCAAUUGCAUACACUGCAUACGGUAUCCUAGCGCAUGGCCUGGCAGACAUCCCUGGCACUACCCCUGACAUGGCUUACGAGACCGUGAGAUUGAGAUCUGAUGCUUUGACAAUUGAUGGCAGUAUACAGGUUCAAGUGAAAGCUUUGUUCCCGAAUUUCAAUUGCCAGCCUGCAGAAGUAUCUAUCAACCCUUCGCCAUAUGAUGCUAAUGGGCAGCAAGUCAGCGACACAAUGUCGAUCCUUUCUCCUUCCUGCCACAUGAUGGGAGGUGCCCAACCGACGUUUGUGAACGACCUGAACAGACUGACAGCGCCGCUCACACAAUUCAGAGGGGCAGUGCAACGAGUUAAUUGCUCAGACAGAGAUGUCCCAUCUGAGGAACUGGUAAAUUGGCAACUCUUGACAAUCGCCGAAGUCGAGUACUCGAUCCUGCCUCCUGAGGCGAAUCAAACCAACUCAACAGCUAAUGAUACGGUCUCAGCUCUACCAUAUUGGAGAAUCGGAGUGAAGCAAGCUACAAGUGUACUAUGCAGACCAUCCUACGGCAUAGGUACUGCUGCUCUAAAAUACGACUUCUCAUACGAGCCGCCCUUGCUCUCCGCUGCCAUUGACCAAAACACGGCCGGAAAUUUAGUCGGGUUUCGGGACAAUGAUCUUGGCGCUUCAUUCACUGCUGCACUUGCCGCUGGUUCAAACAUGUUUGGGGAUCUGUCCGAAAAUCUAGCUGUGGAUUUCCCAAACACCAUGUUCAAACUGAUGGCAGCAGGCCAUGGUGAUCGGUACGAGAACCUCAUGGACCAGGACGUCAUGAUGUCUACGGCUGAGCGGACUUUUAAGCAUCUUGCAGUCCAGAUAGCACGAAAGAACAUUUUCCAGGAAGACAAUUCCGAUAUUGUUGGGAUUUCGGAAAGAUCUGAAAAGCGUCUUGUCAUCAGUGAAUUCUCGCUAUGGGUUAUGGUAGCUGGCUUUAUUCUUGUUGCGGUCUUGAGCUUUGCUGCCAACUGGAUGCGACUGAACAAGCCGAUUCCUUACGGAUAUGAGAACAUAUACGGCUUAGCUUUGCUCCUGGCUCAGAAUCAUGGCUUCCAAAAAGUUAUGGACCAAGUUAUCGGUUAUGAUGAUGCUACUGUCAGGAGAAUAUUGGCCAAUCAUCAAUUCCUUGCCUCCUGGUCUGAAGACUGUAAACAACUAGAUCUCCUGAACCAGGCAAAGUCACGGCUCGAGGAUCAGACGGAUUCACACAAUGCUGGGACUGGAUCGGCGCCUAAGGAGCUUUGGUGGAAUCCACUGACGUUGAAACGGUGGAUUCUAGUGAUGACUCUGUGCCUCCCCAUUGCUGGCAUUGUAACAUUGGAAGUGUUGCAACGACUUUCCGACCGCAGUCAUGGCCUGGGUGAUGUGUCCGAUAUGAAUGGCGCGAGUUCUAUUAUCUACACCCGACUUCUUCCAGCUUUCGUUGUCCUUGUCAUUGCGAGCUUAGUCAACGCCGUUGAAUUCAAUAUCUUUGUUCUCUCUCCAUUCGAUCGCCUAUGGUCUAGAGAUACCAAAUGCAGGCAAAGCCUUCAGAGUUCCUUAAUCAACCUACUUCCUCCACUGGCGUUCUGGAAGGCUUUGAGACACCGUCAUUACGCUGCACUGUGCUCAUCAAUUGCAACUGUUCUAGGCGCCUCACUCACCAUCAUAGUUUCAGGGUUGUAUACUGUCGAGCAGAUCUCAUACUCAACCGAGGUGGUACUGUUCGUAAACCAGUCAAUGAAUCUCAACUGGGCGAACAGCUCAACUCAAGACAAUGGUGCUGCAGCUCUUAUAAGCCUUACGGAGAGCCUUAAUUUGAGUUAUCCGGCUUUUACUGUUGACGAACUUGCGUUUCCGUACUUUGAUCAGUUAGGUAGCCUUGACGCUAUAGCAGCUGAAUCUACUCUCCAAACGCGAUUGCCGGCUUUUCGAGCAUCCUUAAACUGUUCAAUAUUGAACCCAUCGAAAUUCAAUGUUUCAGCGGUUUACAAUUCAAGAAUAAAUUCGGCGAGUGCGAAUGUUGAUGCCAGACUACCAUUGCCAAAUUCCUGCCUCAGAGGAGGGCCGGGUGGAAAUCUCAGCUAUAUAGAGAUAACCUAUCGUGUCGGAUUCGCAGCAAAUGCAAGCUACAUCGGGAAGAUACUUGACCUUCAUGUUGGGCCUUAUGAUCCAAUAUUAGGGUCAGCAUUUGGUGAAAGCGACCCGCGGAGCAACAAUGAUAACCCACCUGAAUGUCCUUCUCUAGCAUUCAUUUACGGGUACAUUGAUCUGGACGAUCAGACACAAAACUCCGUUACCACCAUGAUGUGCUAUCAAGAAAUGCAGCGGCUGCAGGUCAAUGUAAACUUUGAUGUUCCGUCAAUGUCAAUCUCGACUACAUUCCCUCCAGCAACAGACGAGGGAACCGUCGAAAUUCUCUUGAACGGACCGAAUCGAUCCACUGCGUGGCAGUAUCGCAUCCAGCAGCACAUGGAUCAAUCUCUUUCGUUGUUCAACCAAACUAAAUACGCCUCCUCGAACCUUGCCGACUCCCCCAUCGACCCAUUCUUUCAAGCCGUGCUCGUCGGCAAGAAACCCAUAGCGGAAUCUCUGUUGUCGUCGAAAGAGAAUGCAAGUGCCGUGUAUGAUGGUAUUCUCGCAUUCUACCGCAGAUACAUGGCACAGGCGAUCUCGAAUAACAUGCGAGGGGGAACCGCCGAUGGAGUGCCAGCAACAGGGGUAGCAGCAGAUAAACCGCAAAGUUUCCCUGGCACAGUCCUCAACGCGAUACGAAAGCCACGCGUCGUGCAGCAAAACCAGGCCAAAGUAGCCCUCCAAGUGCUCUUUGGCUUGAUCAGCGUCCUACUCGCCAUCGCCUACAAACUCGCCCGGCUCCGCCGUCUCGUGCCCUACAAUCCUUGCACGAUAUUCGGGGUCGCAAGCCUGCUGGUCGGAACCAACAUGUGCUCGGAGGACGAGCGGGAGCGCCUGCAGUCGGCACCAUCGGACAGAAAAUACAGGUUGGACUGGUGGUAUGAUAAUAGUCGACAGUGGCACGAGGGAGACCUGGAUUGUCAUGAUACGAAGCGGAGGAGAAGAUAUAGGAUUGAUGUUGUUGAUGAUCACCAUUGA